AUGGCUCGUCUCUUCGCUAUCAUCGCCACUCUUUUCCUUGCUUCGUCAACAGUUGUUGCUGCUCCGCUCGAUUUCGGAAAGAUCCUCAGCAAAUGCAACCUUGACCGCUUCAACAUCGUCACUUCUCUUGCCGCCACCGGCGUUGCCCUGGCCAAGAUUGACACCAGUGAUGCUGACAUGGCUGCGGCUGUCGGCACCGCCAAAUCCGGCCUCGUCAGCGCUGGCGAGGGCAUCGGCAAGAUCGCGCUCGCGCUGAUCUCUGGCGGUGCUCCUCCCGCGGACGCACGUGACCAGACCCAGCAGGGCCUGCUCAACGCCCAACAGGCGCUUGCUGGCGUGACCGCAAACGAGAAGACCAAGGCCAGCCUCGCGGCCGCGCAAACCAAACUCGCCAAGACGAUUCAGGACGGAAACGAUGUUGUCGCUGACUGCCAACCCUCGGCCUAA